AUGCAAGUUCUUUUUUUAAAAAGAAAAAAGUUAAAUUUUGUAAAUAUCUACCUAAAAAGUUAUUUUUAUAAAUAUAAUAAUAAAAAUGAAAAAAAUUUAUAUAUAUUCGAUAAAAAAAAAAAAAUUGAAGAACGAAUAAAAUUAGUAAAUAACUUAAAAUACAAUGAAAUUACAUAUAUAUUUAGAAAGAAUAAUUUAAAAAAAAAGCAUUUGAAUUACUGUAAUUUCUUGAAAUGUGAUGUACUAACAUUAGCAAAAAAAGAUAUAGAAAAUUUAAAGAAGAACAAAUUUAAAUAUUAUAUUAUAAACAACAGAAAGCAUUGUAUUAGAAAAAUUUUAAAUCUAUGUAUAAUUACUAAUGAUAUUAAUUCAAUUGUGAAUUUAGUGAAACAAUAUAUUUUAAAAGCAAGCUUGUAUCAUUUAUAUCUUAUUUUAAAAUUAAGUGUAGAAUUUAAAAAUUUUGAGCUCUUAAAGUUAUUUACACUAGAUGCUUUUAUUAAAAAAAUAGAAUUAUUAAAAAAAGAAAAAACAGAAAACAUUAAAUUGUCGUUAACAUAUGAAUAUAUAUUAAAUAAUAAAUUUUUUAUUUAUCAUAAUGAUAAAAACAUUGUUUCAACUAUUUACAUUUUUGAUAUAAUAAACUUUAUAAAUGAAAACAUAAAAGAAAAUGCUGAUAAAAUAAGUGAAAUUGCGAAAGAAAAUCUUGAAGAAAAACUUGAAAUGAAAAAAGAAAAAAUAGAUAAAACAAAUGAAUACAACGCUCAAAAACAUAAAUUGUAUGAAAAUAAAAAUUUUUGUGAUUCAAGUAAUUUUAAAUACAAAAUUAAGAAUGAUAAAAUUAAAAGCAAUAAUAAAUUUAAAUAUAAAAAAAAGGAAGAUGACAUAAUUAGAAAAGAUGAAAUAUAUCCUGAAGAAGUAAAAUAUUUUUUCUACAAUCAAAGAUCAAAUAAUUUAAGUGUAUAUAAAGAAAUUUAUGAAAAAUCAGACAAAUAUAAGAUAAUGAAAUUCUAUGAAAAAAAGAAUAAUAUUUAUAUGAUGAAAAAUCUCCAAAAAGAAAUCAACUUAAAAAAAACGUUGGAAAAUAAUAAUUUAAAAUUAAAUUUUAUAAAUUUUAAGAACUCAAAGAAUGAAGAAAACAAAAAAGAACAACAAAAUAGUGAAAAUCAAUAUAUACUAAGGGAAUAUAUUUUAAAUAGCAUCUUAGCUAUAUGUUCAAAUAAUUAUGAUGAUAGAAUUUAUAAGUACAUGAAGUGUAUUUAUUUCUCCAAUUUUUAUUUUUAUAAUCCAUUACUUCUUUUUCAUUAUUUUCCAAAUAUUUUGUCGAAUGAAAAUAAGUUUUAUGAAAUAUAUUUAAAGGAAUACUUAAAAUUUUUAAAUAAUAUUAUUAAGCAUUUUCAUUUUUAUUUAUUACCAUUUUUUAUUAAUUUAAAUUAUUCAAAUAUUUUUUUUGAUUUUUUUCAAAAAAAAAUUUUAAUAGAUCCAAAUAUAAAAGUUAUAAAUAUAUUUAGAAAGUCAAAUAACCAUCAACUAGUGAAAGAAAAAAUAUCUUAUACUUUUCAAAAUUUUAAUAAUUAUGAAAAAGAUAUAACGUUCAUUAUGUAUCUUUUUUUUGAAACAUACAUAUCUGAGAGUAUCGUUGAAAAAUAUAAACAAAGUUAUUUGGAAAAUUUUUAUUUUUUUAAUUCAGAAAUAGAAAAAAAAGAAAUGAAUAUUUACUUUAAUUUUUUAAAUUAUCAAAGUUUAUUUAAUAAAUAUGAAAGUGAACUAAAAAAUAUAAAAAUUCAAAAACAAGUAUUUUAUAAUCCUUUCUAUAGUCGUAAAAUAAAGAAAACUGUUUCUCUAAAAGAAUACAAUUCAGAAAGAAAGGAAUUGAAUUUAAAUAUGCUUAAUCAUAAAAUUGAAGAAGAUUUAUACAAAAAUAUAAAUAAAGAGAAUAUAACCGAAGAUGCACUUUUAAAUGAAAAAGAACAUUUUAAUAAUUAUGAUAAUAUAGAAAAAGAAAAAAAUUUAUUUACUACGAAAAAUAUAAAAAAGGGAAGAUUUUCUGCUAGUUCAGACAAAUUUGUAUUAAAAAAAAAUACUUUUUUAAAUAAUUUAUCUUAUGUACAUAAAGAAUUGUUAAAAUCUGAUACUUUCGAUGAAAAUGAAAAAAAAAAAUCAAAUUAUUUCAUUAUUUUAAAUGAUUCAGAUUUGAAAUAUAACAUAACUAUUAAAAAGAGAGAUAUGCUAAAUAGUUUUUUACAUUUAAACAAAAACAGUUUCAUAGAAUGUAGUAACUAUUUAGUUAAAAUUAUUUAUUUUUUUUUGAAUGAUUUUAAUGAAAAAGAUAUACUAAAUAUAUUUGUUAAUCAUGUGAAAUAUAAUAACAAUAGUUAUGAUUUACUAUUGAUAAAUAAAAUAUUGAAUAUUUUUAUAUACAAAAAAAAAAACAUUUCAUUAAACAGUAACAUAAUAAUAUGUAAUAUUUUAGCCAAGUAUCAAUUAUUCAACAACAAUUUCUUUUGUAUAGAUAAAAAAAAUUUUAUAAAUGACAUCAAAGAUUCUAAUAUACAUUCUCUAGUUGCUUUAAUAUAUUCCAUGGGUAAACUAAAAAUUAAAAAUUCUUAUUCUGAUUUUUAUAAGUUAGUAAUUAAAGAAAUAAUUAGAAAAAUUGACAAAAUUAAUGAAUACGGUUUGUCUUGUUUGCUUUACGGAUUAAACAACUUAAUAUCCAAAAAAAAAAGAAAUUUAAUAACUUUGGAAAAUAUAAAUAAAAAUAAAAAGAUGGAAAAAUCAGAUAGUAAGCCUAACAACUUUUUAAGUGUUAAUGAUAUGAAGUAUUCAAAAAAGUAUUUAGUGUCUGAUAACAAGUUUUUGAAUAAGCAUAAAGAAAAUAACUUAAUUAAACAAAGUAAUGUAAUAAAAGAAAAAAAUGUUAUAAAUGAAAAAAGUCAUUUAGGAAAAGAGGACAGUUUACUUUCUGGUGAGAGAAAUAUAGAUAAUAACUAUUUCUAUGAAAAAAAAAAAGAAAAUAAUUUUGAUAAUAAAAAUAUAUUCAACAAUUUCGAAUAUGGAAAGGAAUUAAGUGCAAAUAAUGGAAAAGAUUAUAAUUAUGAUUUAAAAAACAAAGAAGCGGGAAAUGUAACUGAUGAUAGAGUUACUCAUAUAAUUAAUGGAAAUUCAAUAAAUUUAAGAGGUAUUAGCUCAAAAAAUAAAAUAGAAUCAAAUAGAUUAUCAAAAGAGAAAAAAGAUGAAAUGAAUAAUUUAUUAAUUGACAAAAGGAAAGAACAAAUAAAUAAAUAUGAUUUAAUUGAAAUGAGAAAUAAAGAAAUGGAAAUUAUAAAAAUUGAAGAUGAAUUAAUAAAGGAAAUUAUAAAAAAGUUGAUAAUUUUUAAAAAUAUUAAUAUAAAUUCAUUUUGUAUAUCUAUUUCGUGCUUAUCAAAAAUAAAUAUAUUUCCAUCCGAAUUAUAUGAAGAAAUAAAAGAUAUUACAUAUAAAUAUAUUCAUAGUGUAAAUAUCACUUCUUUACAACAUUUAUUACUAGCUCUAUCAAAAUAUUAUAUAAAGACGAAAAAUGAUCAAAUUGAUGAUAUAAUAUUUGAUAUAUAUAAUUUUUUAUUUACAUUUAAAUUCUAUGAUAUUUCUUCAAAAUGUGCUUGUAAAUUUUUAUAUAUUUUAAGUUUGUUAAAUUUAAGAGAUGAAAAUUUUAUUUUAUUAUUACUUCUAAUAAUAGCAAAUGAACAAAAAGUUUUAACAUAUAUUGAUAAUAAUAAUAAUAAUAAUGAUAUAUAUAAAAAUAAAUUUAUAAAACAACAUUACUAUCAUCUUAACAAUAAAAAAAAUUUUAUAAAAAAUGAUUGUGUUGAAAAUGAUGAAUUCGUAAAAAAAAGUACUAAUACAAGAUUAAAUAAUUCCAUUUAUAAAGGAAUAGAAAAACUGAAAGAAGAUGAAUAUUUUAAAAGUUAUUAUAAUCCAUUUUUAUUCUUUGAUAUUAAAAAUUAUAAAUUAGAUUUGAAUAAUAUUUUAAUAAAUUUUAAAAACAUUGAUAAUAGUUACUUGAUUAAUGCUCUUGAAAGUUUAUAUAAUUUAUCUUAUUACUCUUAUUUUUCUAUUCACAUAUCUAUUAUCAUUAAAAAUAUAUUAAUAAAGCAAAUACAUGAUUUAAAGGUUUCUAGUAUAAUAACUUUAUUUUUUUCUUUUAUAGAUACUCAUUUCUUUGAUUAUUCUUUAUACGAUAUUGAAUUAAAAUUAUUUUUAAGUGAAGAUAAUGACAACAGUAAUGUUAAUAUAAAAGAAAAUGACAAACACUUACUGACAGCAUCAGUAGUAGAAAGUAACAAAGACAACUAUCCACUAACUAAUGAAGAAAGAGAUAUAAAAGAUAAACAAAAAAGCACCUUUUUACAACAAAACGAGAAAGAUUUUCAUCAAGAAUUUAAUAAUAUUUAUAAUUAUAUGUUAAAUAAUUUUAAAAACAUAAGUGAAGAAGAAAGAUUGCUAUACAUUGAAAAAUUAAAAUUACUUAUGUGUGAACUAAAAAAAAAAAAAAAUUAUUAUGUUAACAGUAUAUAUAACAAAAAUGAUGGAAUAAGUAUAGAAUAUAUAUUAUCUAUGAUAUAUGAUUACAAUAAGAGUAUUAAAACAAAUUACGAAAUGUGUGAAAGUGUAAGUGAUUUAAAUAAAAAAAUUAAUAAAAAAUAUAGCUCUAGUACCAGUAAAUUAAAAAAAAUUUCAACUUAUAAUACUGAUAAAAAUUUGAACGGAGAAAGUAACGCUUAUAAUAAUUCAAAUGAUGAAAAUUUUAUAAAAAAUGAAUUACCAAAUUUAAACACAAAUGUUUCAAAUUCUAUGAAGAAUUAUAAUUUUAAUAAAAUUAAAAACAUAGUUGACCAGUUUAGCUCUAUAAAAAAAUAUAAUUUAAAAGAUAAAAAAUUAAAUGAAGAAAUAGAAAGAAAAGAAUAUUACGAUGAAUUUUUUUUUUUAAAAUAUAGAGAAUAUUAUAAAGAAGACUUAGUUAACUUAUGUUUGGAAACAUUAUUAAAGAACACCAAUUAUGUUUUGAAUAAUUAUAAGCAAUAUAAAAAUUGCACUAUAUUUUUUCUUUUACUUUUUUAUAACAUAUUCUUACCUUAUACAACAAAUGAUAUUUUCGUAUAUUUCAAAUCAAUUCAAAGAAAUUAUAUUUAUUAUAAAAAAAAAAAUUUAUGUCAUCAUUUUGAUAGUAUUUUAAAGAACAUAGAAUUAUCUGAUUUCAAUGAACACACUAUUAAAAAUUUGAUUAAUUCGAAAAAUUUAUCUCAUUUAAAUAUACCAUAUUUAAAUAUAUUACAGCACAACAAUAAUUUUUUAAAUCAAGCUAUUUUUAUAAAUAAUCAGAAAGAAAAUAAUGAUAAUAAUGAUAUUAUUACAAAUAAUUACAACAACAACAACAACAAUAAUAAUAAUAAUAAUAAUAAUAAUUAUGAUAUAGAAAAAAUAAAUACUGAAAACAUUUUAAAUGAAUACGAACGAUUUAUUGAUUUAUAUGAUUCCAAUUAUGAGAUGAAAAAAAUAAAAAUUGAAAAUAUUGUUCCCUUAAAUCUUUUGUACAAAUUUUUUCAACUUGUCAACUUUAACAUUAAUAAUGUUCAAUUACUUUUUUUUUUAAAUGAGGUAGUUAAAGAAAAUGAACUUAACGAUAAAAUGGAUGAUACAAUAAAAAUUAAAAAAAAUGAUACUAAUCAAUAUAAAUUUAAAAAUAUAUUAUAUCCAAUAAUUCAAAUAAAAAAUAAAACGCUUAUUGUUCAUAAAAAUUCCAAAAAAAAAUAUUUUAAAAAUAUAAAUAUUAUUGAUCAUUAUUUUAAACCAUCUGAAGGUAUGCUUAUACAAAUUUUUGAUAACCAUUGCUAUAAUUUAAUAUCUGUUUAUGUUAAUGUUUAUGUUGUUGCAUAUAAAGUGGAUAUAUUAAUUGAUAGGAAUACAAUGCACAAUUAG